AUGAACGACUGCUGCGUGAAAGGCUUCAAGUGGGAUGGACAGCCACAGGGUCACAUUGAAACGACCUCGUCUGGCGUGUCGACAUAUGUAGUGGGCUCUAAUCCAGAGGCUGCUAUCUUGGUCAUCCAUGAUCUAUUCGGCUGGACUUUUCCCAACACCAGGCUACUGGCAGACGCAUACGCAGAGGGUGCAAACGCCACUGUCUACGUCCCUGACUUCUUCGGCGGCGAGGUCCUCCCAUCCGAUAUCCUACGCAAGGACCCAUCCGAAUGGGGACCCCUUGAUCUUCCUGGUUUCACAUCCCGCAAUAGCAAGGAAGUGCGCGAGCCCGAGAUCUUCGCCUUUGCAAGAGACUUGCGAGCCAAAUACCAACACGUCGGCGCCAUCGGAUUCUGCUACGGCGGUUGGGCCGUAUUCCGACUUGGAGCUAAGACAAGCGGAAGAUUAGUGGACUGUAUCUCCACUGCACACCCAUCGUGGCUCACCAAAGAGGAAAUUGAGAAUGUUGAUGUUCCAGUGCAGAUUCUGGCACCUGAGAUUGAUCCAGUGUUCACGCCGGAGCUGAAGGAUUUGUGCAAUCGUGUUAUACCUUCACUGGGACUUGACUAUGAUUAUCAACAUUUCCCAGCUUUGGAGCAUAGCUUUGCCGUGAGAGGAAACAAGGAGAAUGAAGCCGAGUUGAAGGGGCUUGUACGAGCAAAGAAUGCUGCUAUUUAUUGGUUCAAUCAAUAUCUACAUUGA